CAAGGAUCAUUGUAAUAGUUAGCGUGGUCAGUAUGGAACUACAGAUCGCUUAUUUCAAUUGAAGCGUUCGCGUCGGGCGGCUGUCAUUGUCACAUAGUUAAAUCAACAAAUCUCUCGAGAGAUUUUAAUCGUGUUCUAAACAUAAUUCGUCGUGAGAAUGUUUUCUGGUACCUUUGUUAUAGUAAGCAGUCUUGUGUAAUCAAUCGGCGUAGUGUGAUGUAGAUACAUCUUAUUUAUAAAUAUCUUAUUUUUAUUAGCAGUGCAGUUAAUCACGCCGGAAACAUGUACGUACGAUGUGGGUUGGUGGUAUUAUUUAUGCUGAACGUAGCGGUCGAGUUGGAAACAGGCAAGCCAUGGGGCCAUAAACAGUUAUUCCCGCCACAUUUAAUUCCCGACAAUGCAUUGCAUCCUCGGCGGGCAGUUGUGCGAAGAAAAAUUGUGCUCUAUCAUAAUUUCUUUCGCACCAAAGUUCGACCCAGCGCGUCUAACAUGCUCCUUAUGACAUGGCACGCUGGCGCAGCCCGGCAAGCUCAGGCUUAUGCUGAACGAUGCCAGUUUCUAAGACACAAUGAUGUUAGAGAAAACACAGUGCCACAUCUUGGUACGUGUGGACAGAACUUGUUUGUGGCCGCACAGAAAACUCCUUGGUUCUUCGCAAUCAAGACUUGGUUCUUAGAGCAUCAGAACUUCACAUACGGCGAUCCCGUGUACAAUUUGAAGACCAUUGGCCACUACACUCAGAUGGUUUGGGCGACCAGCCAUAAGGUGGGCUGUGGGGUGGCCCAUUGUAAGGGAGGACCAUGGGGACAGUUCUAUAACUACGUCUGCCAUUACUGUCCAGGCGGUAACUACCACAGCAUAACACAUUACCCUUACAAAGUUGGGAAGCCUUGUGAGGACUGCCCUGACCACUGCUUAUCUGGAUCUCUAUGUACCAACGCCUGUCACAAGAUGGACUACUACUCGAACUGCGACGAACUAUACGCCGCCACGACGGACGUGUGUCGCCAAGGAGUUUGUAAUGCCACCUGUCAAUGUGCCAGUAACAAAAUACAUAGAAACUAUCCUUGGAGAUAAAACUCCUUUCAUUUUCAUCAUGUACUGCCAGUGUUGACAAGUAUAUAACAAAUAAGUAUUCAUUUAUUUUCUGUUCAGUAAUUUCAUGUAGUUAAUUAAGAAUUUCUGUUUAUAAUAUCUUUGUAAAUAAAUUAUAAAUUUAA